UCCGAAAACAUUUGGUUGACAUUUUCCAUGUGUGGUGUGAGAUUUCAGAUUUGACCCAGAUAUAGUGGUGAUCAUUUAACUGUAAAACUAGCUAACACUUGUAUCUGGAAGAAAAUGCAGCGGUAUCCAUCAUGCCCAAAUUGUUGCAAAAGCUUCCGUGGCCAAGACCCUGUAGGAAGCCUGUUUCCACAUCUGCUUCAGUGUGGUCAUACAUUCUGCAGAAGCUGUCUACUGAAGUUAAUGCGGAUCACCAGAACCAAUGUAAUUUGUCCCAUCUGUAAGACCGCAACUCCGACACCACUAAAGGAAGUUAGCAUUGAUGAACUGCCUUCUGAUUUCUACAUUCUUGGUGUUCUGUUAACAAUGAGUAAAAAGCAAGUGACUCAAAAGGGUGAAGGCAAGUUUGUUCCAAGAAAACAUGAUCAUCCAGUCGAGACUACCAGUAAUGUUCCUGAAGUCUUUAGGCAAUUUAAGGAGAAGGUUACAGGAGAGAAUGAAGAUAUGUGUGUAGAGUGUAUAAAAAAGCCAGCAACCUGCAUGUGUGCAAAGUGUAACUGCCUUCUAUGUGGUGUUUGCUUCGACAAAAUCCACCAGAAUUCCAGAAUCUUAAUGAUGCAUCAAGCAACUCCUCUCAAACAAAAAGGGAGCACUGACACCUGUAGAGACCAUUCUAUGAAAACCUUGGAUUUUUUUUGUAGAGAAGAUACAUGCAUGCACCCUGUAUGUGCAAACUGUUGUAUCAUUGGUAGCCACAAGGGGCACUCUAUUCAGCAAAUUGAAGAAAGGAACAGAGAAAUUGUUCAUGAAUUACAACCUGCAAUAAAUAAAGCAGAAGCAACCAUGAAAGACAUGUUAAUGGCAAAGAAGACAAUUUGUGAGGCAAUGCCUGAAGUAAAAUUUGAAGUAGCAAAGGUGGUGGGUGAAGUGAGGACACACUUUUCAAGACUUCAUGCAAUCUUACAGGCAAGAGAAAUGGCAUUGAUUGACAAUUUAGAUGCUUAUCUGGAAACGCAAAUUGACACAGUCACUUACGUACAGAGAACGCUGGAGACGAACAUAAGUUGUGCACUUGGUGCUAUCACAGAGGCCCGGAAAGCUACCAGCACUAACAAAGUCAUAAACACCACACAACUUCUUGCACUCUUGGACGCAACAACUGACCUACCAUCCCUGAUAGUGCCUCCUGGUGCAAACCAUCAACUGCAAUUCAAGCUAGACCUAGAAGACCUACCAGAUAUGAUCGCAAACUAUGGUUCAAUAGAGGGCUUUGAUACUGACAGGUACAAAUUAAAAGCACUGACUGAGAUCUCAGAAGAUGUGACUCGAUAUCAGUCGCUUAGCAACGAGAACCAACUCUUGAUUGACAGAAUGGUCGUGGAAAUGCAAAACUCUUGUAAAGAACCCGACAGCCAAUCAGUCAAUGGUGAAAAUAAAAAUUCUGAGCCUAGCAGUCCAAUUGAUACAAACCAGAGUAAGGCAACAAGUCCAGAAUCUAAAAACAGAAAGCCAUACAGACAAAGGACCUACUUACCAAGAGAACCCCCAGGUGAGAAAGUGAUAGUAACUCAUAUUCGUAGUCCAUGGGACUUCAUGGUUCAACGACUUGGUGACCAAGGCAAGGUGAAUAACAUGAUGGGAUAUCUACAGAAGUUCUGCAGGGCUCCCACAGAAAAAGAAUUGACUGCAGAUGCUCUGAGCAUAGGAACUAUGGUUUGCUGUCAGUACAGCUUUGAUAAGAAAUGGUACCGUGCCAUCAUCAUGUCGUCGCCCAAGAGUGUCGGUGAAGAGGACGAUGAAGUGGAAUCGAAAGAUGAUACCUGUAGUGAGAUCAGUGAAUCUACUAGCAUGAGAAGUGUCGCAUCUAACAAAGGCAGAGAUGGAUAUGUAGAAGUCGUGUAUAUUGAUUAUGGCAACACAGAGUGGGCUCCAGUGACAAGCAUCCGCAAAAUGUGCACAAAGUACAAGAAAAUGCCGGAGUUGGCGCUGCGUUGCUCUUUGAAGGAUAUUGUGCCAGCUAACAAUAAACCUCAUUGGUCAAGAGUAGCAGUGCAUGCAUUUGCAGAAAUGACCAGCAACAAACCUUUGCACAUGACCAUUGUUGGCAAUGAGGGCAGCCUUCCGUAUGUCGAUCUCCAUGAAGUUCUGAUUGACGAUGUUGAAUCAGAGGCGCCUGCUUCAUUGAGAGAUGCUCUUGUUUUCUUGGAGCUGGCAUGCUUCAUAUCAGAAGAGUCAAUCUGUAGAGACACAGUAAAGAAAACAUCAACAGUUGAAUACUUCAAGCCAUAUCUACCAAAUAAAAACGAUUAUAUUGAUGUGAUGGUCAGUCAUAUUAAUAGUCCACACAACUUCUAUGUCCAAGAGAUUGUACUUGGCGACCAAUAUCUACAGACCAUGAUGGACGAGCUACAAAAACAUUACAGUAGCUCUGACAAUAGUUGGCAUGUACUAUGUCCACACAUGGGAAUGGUCUGUGUAGCCAAAUAUGCUGAUGAUGACUUUUGGUACAGAUCUCAAGUAGUUGGUUUACCUGGAGAUGGUAUGGUAGAUGUGAUGUAUGUAGAUUUUGGAAAUGUCAGCAGGGUGCAUGUUAAAGAUCUUCGAAUGAUGGCAGCAAACUUUCUUAAAUUACCCAUACAGGCUCUAGCUUGCUCUAUGGUUGAUGUUGCUGCAGUAGGUGGUAGCUGGAGUGAAGAAUCUGCUACAAGACUUGGUGAGCUGUCUACCACACCAUUAGUCAUAGCAGUUCAAGGCGUAAAAAAUGACAUCGUUUCUGUUCUACUGUAUUCCCCACAUCAGAAGGAUGAUGCCUGCCUGAAUGCUGUACUGGUUGCUGAAGGAUUGGCUAAAAGCACCGGACCAGGUUCCGUCAAUGCAGCCGUCUUCAAGAAGUACCAGAAGAAGGCCAGUAACCAGGAGAAGAUGGAUGACCGUACCACUGCAGUCCCUGAGCCCUUAGACAUUAUAUACAGUAAGUCGGAAGCUGAAGCCAUGAAGAAGAAAGCAUCAGAGGCCAAGAAAAAGCUUCCAUAUGUUGGUGUGAGGAUCAGCCAUGUGGUGUCACCAUCAUGUUUAUAUGUGCAGUUAAAAACAGCAGGCAAAGAUGGAUUGGAAAGUUUACAGAAGGCAAUGAUGGAGCAUCUAAUGAAGACGCCAGUGGACACUGGAGACUGGACAGAAGGUGACAUUGGUGCCAUGAUUUACAUGUCUAAUGAUUUCUACAGCAGGGCAAAGGUUAUAGAACUCAUACCAGAAAACAAGGCCAAGGUUGAAAUGAUAGAUUAUGGAAAUACCAAUGUUGUAACUGUUAGUAAGCUUCGAAGGCUAACUUCUGAGCUGGCAUCGAUUCAGCCAUUUGCUAUACGCUGCCAUCUUGCUAACGUGUUCCCGGCCGGUGGCAAGGACUGGACAAAGACUGCUUGUGAGUACUUGGCUGGCAAGCUGCAGGAGCUGGAAUGCUACAUUUUGAAGGAGGAUGAAAUAAAUAAAGAUGGCUCUUUUCCGAUUGAUCUCCUGUAUAAGAAGUCAUGGAAAGAAUUAGCAAAGGGAAAAAAUACUGAGGAGACGGAGCUUGUGUCGGAGCUUUUGAUAAACGAUGGCUUGGCAUUACCCAGUCCACAAAGGAAGAAGAAAAGACAGAGUGUUGAAUCAGUGGAUGCACAAGAAUCGGAUGAAGCCCUCAGAGCUUGUUCAAGACUUUCCAAAUAUUGCAUUUCUGAUGUAGAUUGUGUGCAAAAGGAACUCCUAGCAUCCGAUGUCACUGAACACAGUAAAAGCAGAAAGUAUGAAACUGAACCUCCUGAAAAACUUGCAAAAAACAAGGAUGGUUUAAGCGGCGGUCUUGAAGAACAUCAUUUACCAGAGGUUGAUCAGGAAAGUCAAUGUAUGAAAGAUAGGAGCAGCAUCUCUUCCGAAGGCAUUCUUGCAGCUGAGAAGCGAAGAGAGAUUGCAGGUAACAUCAAUGAUGUUGAAAACAACUGUUUUCGUAUGGAGAGUUUGUCUCUAUCAGAUCAAGAGGGUGAAUAUGACUCUGACAGAGAUAGCUAUCGUAGCUCAGUGGACAGCAGUGUCUGCAGCCUUGAUAAGAACAGUGUCCAUAGUACUACCAAGAGUAACAAUAUCCCACACUCAGACAAUAGAAGUACCCAAAGCCUGGAUAGAUCCAGUGUUCAUAGCCCGAGUAAUAGCAGUCUUCAUCACUCGGAUGAGAAAAAUUCCCAUAGCUCUAGUAAAAAUAGCAUCCAUAGUCCUCCUGAAAGCAGUAUCCAUAGCCAUGGUAAAAGCAGUAGCCAUCACUCAGACAGAAGUGUCCAUAGCUCUGGUAAAAAUAGUCCUGUUGAAAAUAUUGUCCUUAGCCUGGGUAAAAGCAGUGACCAGAGCCCAAGUGGGAGCAGUAUUCACGAUAUUGGUAACAACAGUGUUGAUACCUCUCGGAAGAGCAGUGUACAAAACUCUGGUAAAAGUAGUGCCUGUAGCAGUAUUCCAAGCAGUGCCUACAACUCUGAUGAUAGCUGUUUGCCUGGGUCUGACAUUGCCGAAUCUGCUGCGAUUAAAGACAGUACUGCCAAAUAUGCUUUGGAAACUCAACAAAACAGGGUUGUAGAUAUUGACAAAACUUCCACACCAGACGAAUGCAAUGCCAACUUGGAUUUCGAUCUUAGUUCAGAGAUCAGUUUAUCAGAUGGGGAUAAUGAACCAGUUGCUAGAAAAAGCACCAUUGUGGAGACUUCUGACCAAAAAAUCUCAGAUAUCUGCGAUCAGAUGUCGUCUCAUGGAAAGAGUCAACCAGAUGAUCAAACAAGUAAUCCAUAUGUACAGUAUGGUCCAUUUGAGAUGCCCACAUGCAACCCAUGCGACAUCGUUGUUACUUUUAUAAAUGAGCAAGGUAUCAUCUAUGGCCAUGAGAUUUCAGAAGGUGCAGUACGUGGAUUUUGGCAACAGCGAGGCCAUGACAGCUGACAAACUGCGGAUAGCGACAUGCUUUACAGAGAUCCCUCAUCAAUGUUUAGAAUGCAUUCUCUAUGGGUCAAGAAUAGUAAAUGCUGCCAACUGUUGGCCAACCAAUGCACUGAAGUUUAUGUAUGAAAACCUGACUGUUUGUACCAUAGAGAGAAAGGGCAAGUGGCGCAGAGGAUCCCCCUUAUUGGUCGAGAUAACAAUGCCAAACGGACAAAAUCUGCGAGAGGCGUUACUCAAUGGAGCAUUGUAUAACAGUCAAGAUGUAAUAUUUUGCGAUGAUGAUAAUGAUUAUAGAAUGCAGGAUACCAGGCUCAGAGCAUUGUCAGAGAAAGAGAGAAUAUACUACCUAGGGAAGAGUGUACUUGAAAUGUCUCAACGUGAAGCAUUUUUGUGUGAUAGUAGCCUAGAGUUUGUCACGAUGGAACUGCCUCCUCCGGGCGUACUCUUCAAUGUAAUAAUUACGCAUACUGAAGCACCAAACCAGUUGUUCAUCCAACACUUCCAAGGUCCGACUGAGAACCCUAUGAUGAGAGAAGCCAUUAGCCAGUUGAACCAGCUGAUGGUGAUGAAUGAUGAAAUCAAUCAACUAGCACCAUCGUGGCCUCCAGUUACUACUCCUUUUGUUGGUCUGUGCUGUGUUGGAUUGUAUGGACAAGAAAGUAAGUGGUACCGCGCUAAAAUCCUCAAAGUGUCGAACCUGAAUCUGGUAACCAUACAGUAUGUCGAUUUUGGAACACCUGAAAGAGUGACAACUGACAGGUUACGGUAUUUACCUGCUGAAUACUUUGAUUUACCUGUUCAGGCAGUUCUCUGUGAAGUGUAUGGUUUACUACCGCCAUCAGAUACAGCAGACGACUGUGAGAUGCUACCGACCACAGAUUGGCCAUUGGCGUCCUUGACACGAUUACUUGAAGUUAUUGCAAACAAAGAACAAGUUGCUAAAGUUUUGCAACAUGGAUCAUUACCAAAAAUUUGUUUAUACAAUGGAUUUGAGGUGACAUUACCGAUGUCCAGUGUGCAUGCAACUCCAUCCAACUAUAUAUUUAUGCCGCUAGUAGAAGAAAAACUUGCUGAACUUGAUAAUACAAACAUUGGAAGCGGAUGUGAAAUGUAAUUGGUGCCACAUGGACCGACCCAUUGUCCAGCAAUCAAGCUAAUGUCUUUCACCAAAUCACAUCUGUCACCAAGUCAUGGACUGACCUGUCACCAAGUUAGCAGAAUCAAGCCACGGAACUGUCACCAUUUCACAUUUGCACUAGCCUGUGAACAAAUCACCUAUGCUACCAAAUCACUGGCCUGACAUCAGAUCACCAAAUUACAUCUGCCACCAUGUCACUGGUUUGUCAUCAAAUCAUAUCUACCACCAAGUCACUGGCCUGUCAUCAGAUAACCAAAUUACAUUUGCCACCAAGCCACUACUGUGUCACCAAGUUACAGCGUCACAUCAGUCACAAAUAUAUAGUGGCCUGCCACCAUGAGCUGUAAAGCAAGCUGAAAUCUUGGCACCAAGCCACUGGCCUGUCACCAAGUUGCACCUGCUAUCAAGUCACUAUGGGAAGCCUGCCACCACAAUAAAACGGUGGUGGUUGCCAAGCAAACCCGUCACAACAUAAGCAUGCUCUGAAAGAUAUGACAACUGUACAAGUCACAUAAAAAUGAUGUUGAAUUCAUUCCUACUAGCCAUAAUUUAAUUAAGACAUUAACUAAGAUGAUAAUAUGCCCUCUGCGAAAACGCACCUCAUCAAACUCGCCAUUAAAAUGCAUAAGAGACUCGCAUACAUGACUAGCAACCUCAAUAUUGAUCAAUUGUUAUAAUCUGUUAUUGGAUUAAUAUGAUUAAACAUUUAAAAGUUGCCAGGUAGUGUACCUUGAGGACUCGUAACUGAGCAUGUAUAUCACAUAUGUAUGAUUUCAAAUCUGUUUAAUAUUAAUCUAAGCAGAAAAAGUUUUUUUUAAGUGUAUCUGCCAGGCAUUCUUUGAUUUGUUCAACCAUGUUUUUAUCGCUAUAAUCCAACAUGAAUUUUGUGGUUAUUAAUACCGUUUAAAAUACUACAGACUAAUUCCUACACAAGUUUUUUUUUUUUUUUUGGAAAGUUACUCUGCUACAUUCCAAUGAACAAAUAUUGUACAAAAUGAUAAAGGAGAAGGUAUAGAUAUUUAAUUACAAGUAUAAAUUGCAUUUAAGAUGAAACUAUGAGUUUGGGUUAAAUAUGAUUUGGUUAUCCAAGUCUUUUGGUGAUACAGAACUUAAUACCUGCUUUUAUUUGAUGUUUUAUAUAUCAAACUAAAGACGGUUUUAAAUUAUCUAUCAAGCUAGCCAUAAAAAUGUUCCCAGCAAAUGUGAAGCCAACAGCAAACUCUCUAUGUUUACCGUCUAAGUCAGACCAAGACCAAUUGCAACAAUGCCAUUGUUUGUGCCUGUUUAGGGCUAGCAUUUGCUCAAAUACAACAAAUUAUUGUUAAUAUAAUUGAUGCAUGUUUAUGAAUCAUUUACAUAAUUAGGCCUCUGAUACUGUAUUCUGUUCAUAUUUUUAUUCACUUUUGUUUGGCCAUCAGUAACAGUGUCCCAUGCUCUGUCAGUAUACUUUAAUAUCGUUUUUCUUUGCUUUUAUAUUGUACUUUAUUAUUUUAUUUCAUUCUGUUGCACAAAAAAAUAAACUUAAGUGAAGAAAAAAUACAUUUGAAACUUUUCAAUCUUCAUUUUUUGAGAAGAAAGUGUUAAUGAAAAAGUGAAAAAAUAAGUAAAAAUUUAUCUGGUUUCAAACAAAAACGAACAUCAAAAAAGAAAGUAGUUGAAAAUGUAAUCAUCAUUCCAAAAUUAUUAAUACCAUGUUCUAUUUUUAGAAGGACAAAUAUGUAACAUGUAUAAAGCUGUUUUAUAAUUAGUGUUUGUUUUUAUAAAGGAAAUAUUUGAGUUCUUUUUCAAAGUAUUAAAUGAAAAUUUGGAAGUGCUUUUUUCUUGAAAUGAGAAACGUUAUAUUAAUGAGUUUGUUAUACAACAGUGAUUUAUAAAAAAAAAAGGGCUAAAGUCUGGAUUCAAAUGUAAGAAACAUUUGUUACAGACUUGCAGGGAGUUAAUUAAUAAACGUUGAUGAAACAUCUUGCACAUUGGGUAUUACCUUUUGUAGGAUUUUUGUCUGUCUGACAAUCUCAAAAUCGUUAAA